UUACCUGUCUGUCACGUCUACCAGUACUUACCGCAUCACAUCAUCCACCAUUGUCAGUGAUACACUAAAUUUAAAUUUUACCCAUAUUUAAGCCCUGUGACGUUGCAUGGUUCCUCGGAUCUCCCCUCUAUUCAGCACAUUUUGGUACUUCCUGCCGUUAACGAACACUUUUUAAUGGUCCACCUGAGGUUUUUACUCACACUUUUUGCCCAAACCCUUUCCAACAACGACAUACCUUGAAAUCCUUUACAUUUGUUCACGCCUUCGCCCAACCCAGCUUCCCAUUACAUCCACUCAUUCGGAAAGUGGUGGAUACGCAGAUCUUCUCUUAAUUUCCACAGCAUCUAGAAAGAAAGAACGCUCUACGAUACUCGUACUUACAAUUUAUUAAAUCGCAAGGAUGGUUAGCUUGGGUCAUGUUCAUCGGAGGCAGUCUGGUGCAAGCAACCGGUCUUCCGUCGACGAGUCAAAGGUUUCUGAUGCCGAGGAUGAGACUACGGUCGUUGAGCCAGAUCAGGGAAAUGUUCUCUCACACAUCAUCUCACAGCUUCGUCCGGGGGCUGAUCUGAGCCGCGUCGUCUUGCCUACCUUUAUUCUCGAGCCCAGAAGUAUGCUGGAAAGAAUCACAAACUUCAUGGCACAUCCGGAAACUCUGCUUCCCAUGGCGGAGGUCGAGGACCCCUUGCAAAGAUUUACUUCGGUGGUGAAGUUCUACCUGAGUGGAUGGCACAUCAAACCUCCAGGGGUUAAGAAACCACUCAAUCCUAUCCUCGGCGAAAUUUAUACUUGUUAUUGGCAGUUUCCAGAUAAUACAAAGGGAUACUAUAUUUCCGAGCAAACCUCUCAUCAUCCUCCGAAAUCAAGCUACUUUUACAUGGCGCCAGAACACAAUAUACGAAUCGACGGAUGUUUGAAACCUCGAAGCAAAUUUUUGGGCAAUUCUGCGGCUAGUAUGAUGGAGGGUAUUGCUAUUUUGAGAUUUUUGAACAGAGGGACUGGACCUAAAGGAGAAAGAUACAUUCUGACUCAACCCAACAUGUACGCUCGAGGUAUUCUUUUCGGUAAGAUGAAGUAUGAGCUCGGUGAUCAUAGUUUUGUGCGCUGCCCGGAGCUCGGAUUGAGCGCAGAUAUUGAGUUCAAGACGAAGGGCUACUUUGGAGGAACUUACAAUGCUAUUGGGGGUAGUAUCAAGAAUGACAAGACAGGGGAAAUUCUCUAUGAGCUUUCGGGUAUGUGGAAUGGAGAAAUGUUUAUCAAGAACGUUAAGACGGGUAAGAAAGAUCUUUUGUUUGAUGCUACGAGAGCGAGACCAUCACCUCCAUUAGUGAGACCUUUAGAAGAACAAGAUGAUAGAGAAUCGCAAAAGUUAUGGUUUAAGACGGCAAAAGCGGUUAAAGAACGCAACCACGAAGUUGCGACAGAUGAGAAGACAUUUAUCGAAGAUAUGCAGAGAGAUGAGGCUGCAAAGAGAGCAGAAGAUGGUGUUGAGUGGACUCCAAGGUUGUUUAGACCAGUACGAGGUGGCCCCGGUGGGUCCGAAGAGGGCGAAGAAGAUCUCGAUUGGAUCUUGAAUGCAAGCAUUGAUGGCGCUAGUCCACAAGAACAGACGGAACAAAUCCUCGCGGUUUAUCCAAUCCUUCCAGGUCAGAAAUUCACGGAAAAGAACCGUAUUCCUCCACAGCAUCACCAACAUACAGAACAGGCCAAUCCAUUACCACCCACGAUCCCAGUGGCAGCAGCUCCAGUCUCAAUUCCCUCUCAGGAGAAGGACAAGGAGAAUCUCAUUGAUUUGGGAAGAGAAUCACCAGCGCCAGUCCAAUCCCAGCAUGUACCAGCUGAUCUCCUUGCAGCUCAGACACAAAAUAAUGGGCAGCAACAAAAGGAUCUUGAGCGAAUCCUCCAGUCCACUAGUACGGUCCAAGGUCAGAACCAGGGUCCAUUAAUCGACUUCCAUGAUGAUCUAAGAAAAGACUUACCAGCAGCUACUGACACCCAGGGAACGGCCACCUCCACUCUGUAUCGACAGGAUACGGAUACUCACAGUGUAGACGAGUUUGUAGAUGCUGAGGGAUGAUUCGAGAAAGGAAGGUGCGCUGGGAUGUCGGAAUGAGCUGAGCUUGGCCAAUGCAUAAGUUCACAUGUGAUACUUGGUGUCACCCAAGCUGAGAAUUUCAACCCGCUUUACUAUCAAGAUUUCCUUUUUCUUCUAUGGUUGAAAAGGGCAGGGUAAGGAUUCACACGCAAUUUUUGGAAGCUCGGAUAUACUACUAGAUUGGACGGGCGGGGGUCAACCUGUACCUUUGUUAUAUAUGUUGGGAUUUUUGACAGUCUGCGAUG